UGUUCCUAGUGUUACUUAGACACAACGCAACGUGGAGGAAGAGAGAGAAGCUGCAUUAUGCACUUGAUACGUGAAAUUUGAUUUUAUUUCAAGCUUCAUUAUUUUGUCAAAGGGACACAUCAACAAUGGAAAACAUCUUGCUUGCUCUCUCUCUUUUGCUCAUUAAUGGUGUUUCUGGUGAUGAAAUAACAGCAAAGGUGGGAGAGACAAUCACUCUAAACACUGGUGUGAACAAAACCAAGGAUCAAACAAUUCUGUGGUAUUUUGAAGGUGUUCUCAUUGCUCAGUUCAAUGGAGAUCCCAAGAAAUCUUGUUUAUAUGAUGGUGUUAAUGGGAAGUUCAAAGACAUACUGCAAGAGCACAUGACUGAAGACAGACUGCAAGAGCACAAGAAUGGAGAUCUCACCAUCAAGAACGUCAAAGUUGAACACAGUGGACAGUAUGAAGCAAAUAGCCUGAUUAAAAACCCAGAUGGCAAGACACAACUCUUCAGGAACUCCAAAACACCAAACUGCAACAGCACAAAAAUCAGAAAAGAAAUAAUUGGCAUCAAAAUAAAAACAGUCACCGUUACUGUCAGUGUCGAUCCUGUCAAUCCCGAAGAGUCCAACAUGGAGAGCAGGGUGCAAGAGCCUACCAGUAAAACCAGUAUGUCCUCAGAUACUGUAACAGGCAUUUGUGUUGGUGUCCUGCUGGUUGUGGCUGUAGCUGCAGCUGUAGCUGCUGGUAUGAUUUUCUAUCAGCGCAGGAACCAUAGAAAAUACCCAGAGAAAAACACACAAGCGCUUAUGGUCUAUGAUGAGAAGAUGAAUGGAGUGUAGUCAUCAGACGAUUACAAAAAGAUUUCUAACAUCAUUGAUGAAUUGCCACCGCAACAUGAUUACCAUGUAGUGGAAUACAUUUCAAAAGUAACCCUCACAACCCAGUAUAUAUAUAUAUAUAUACUUUUCUUCUUUUUUUUUUUUGUCACAACAACAUGAUUUUGACCCGGUGCAACUUAUAUUCAGGUGCAACUUUAUUUCCGGAAAAUAUGAAAUACAUGUAACUUUUGAUGUGUGUAAUUUUCUUUGGUGAUAAUAUAAUUUCUUCUACACAUUUUAACCCUUUAUGGCUGUUAGGGCUGUACAUUUAAUCGUAUUUUAAUCGCAGUCACAUUUUCUACCUCCCACAUUUACUUAAGCAUAAACGUCUGUGAUAUUAGUGAGCUAGCAAACAUUUUUUUAUACGCUUUAUCUGUGGAUGAUAGACCAGAUACAAUAAUGGUAAAGAUCUCUGCAGUGUUAGUAUGUAUUUAAUGAGCAACUUUGCACUGAAACAUUUCUACUAUUUCUGUCUCGUAACAAUGCAUUGUGUUUUGCCCUAUAUUUGCUGAAACACCAGUUGCUUUAAUAAAUGGUUGAAUAAA